GCGGGCCGUAGGACCGCCCGCUGCCCCCGCCGUUUCCUAGGAGAUGAAACACAGAAGACGCCGGAGCUUCACAAGUGAGCGAACUAGGGUGUCUAUAAGAAUGGAAGCGCUGUUUCCUGCCAGAUUUCUUCAUGCUGUAUCUCGUGAACCUUUGUAAUCUUGGGGAGGAGCCUAUAUUGAAUGAUGACAAACCUGUCACCAGUGUAGCAACAACAGUGUGAGAACAAAAACAAAUAAAAAUUAAGAAGCGUUCAAAUUUAUAUUCAACAAGGAAGUCAUUGCAAUCAACAGCUUCUGCUGCAUUAUUUUUCCAAGAUGAACCGAUACACAACCAUGAGACAGUUGGGGGAUGGCACGUAUGGGAGUGUGCUUAUGGGCAAGAGUAAUGAAUCCGGGGAGCUGGUGGCCAUCAAAAGGAUGAAGAGAAAGUUCUAUUCUUGGGAUGAGUGCAUGAACUUGAGAGAAGUUAAGUCUCUGAAGAAACUUAAUCAUGCCAAUGUUAUUAAAUUGAAAGAAGUUAUCAGAGAAAAUGACCAUCUUUAUUUUAUAUUUGAAUAUAUGAAAGAAAACCUCUAUCAAUUAAUGAAAGACAGAAACAAGUUGUUCCCUGAGUCAGUCAUCAGAAAUAUUAUGUAUCAAAUAUUGCAAGGGCUGGCUUUUAUCCAUAAACAUGGUUUUUUUCAUAGGGACAUGAAACCAGAAAACUUGCUUUGUAUGGGCCCAGAGCUUGUGAAAAUUGCUGAUUUUGGACUUGCGAGAGAAUUAAGGUCCCAGCCACCGUACACUGAUUAUGUCUCUACCAGAUGGUAUCGUGCCCCUGAAGUUUUACUGAGAUCUUCAGUUUAUAGUUCUCCCAUUGAUGUGUGGGCUGUUGGAAGUAUCAUGGCUGAACUCUAUAUGUUAAGACCGCUUUUCCCAGGGACAAGUGAGGUCGAUGAAAUCUUUAAAAUUUGCCAAGUUUUAGGGACUCCCAAAAAAUGUGGUUCCUAUAAACUUAAAAACUCUGCGAUCCCAAUGCCGGUAUUGAAGCGUAAUGGCCAGAGCCGUCCAAGACUCAGUGACCGAAUGGUUGAAGUUGGAGACCCAAGAAACGACCAACAGCGCAAGCCAGGUAGAGGAGUGGUUCCUGCAUUGAAACACCCAUAUUUUCAAGUUGGUCAGGUAUUAGGUCCUUCCUCAAAUCAUCUGGAAUCAAAACAGUCUUUAAAUAAGCAACUGCAACCGUUAGAAUCAAAGCCGUCUUUAGUUGAAGUAGAGCCUAAGCCUCUGCCGGAUAUAAUUGAUCAGACUGUUGGACAACCCCAGCCAAAAACUAGCCAGCAGCCACUGCAGCCCAUUCAGCCACCACAGAACCUGAGCGUCCAGCAACCUCCAAAGCAACAGAGUCAGCAGAAACCGCCACAAACACUCUUCCCGAGCAUCAUCAAAACCGUGCCAACCAAGCCAAAUGGCACACUGAGUCAUAAAAGUGGUAGGAGGCGUUGGGGUCAAACUGUCUUCAAGUCUGGAGACAGCUGGGAAGAGUUGGAGGACUAUGAUUUCGGAGCCUCCCAUUCCAAGAAGCCAAGCAUGGGUGUUUUUAAAGACAAAAGGAAAAAAGAUUCUCCAUUUCGGCUUCCAGAGCCAGUACCCUCAGGCGCCAGCCACUCGACAGGGGAAAACAAGAGCUUACCUGCGGUUAUUUCCCUAAAAUCUGAUUCCGAAUUGUCAACUGCUCCAACCUCUAAACAGUACUACUUGAAACAAUCAAGAUAUCUUCCAGGUGUGAAUCCCAAGAACGUGUCCUUGAUGGCCAGUGGAAAGGAAAUAAACCCCCACACUUGGAACAACCAGUUAUUCCCCAAGUCACUGGGACCCGUCGGGGCAGAACUCGCUUUCAAAAGGAGCAAUGCAGAAGAAAGCAUAAUUAAACCAAUCGAAAAACUAUCAUGCAAUGAAACUUUUCCUGAAAAAUUAGAGGACCUACAAGGAAAUCUUGGAAGCUAUGCUACUUACAAUCAGUCAGGAUAUAUUCCUUCCUUUCUCAAAAAAGAAGUGCAGUCAGCUGGCCAAAGGAUCCACUUAGCACCUCUCAAUGCAACGGCUUCAGAAUAUACCUGGAACACAAAAACUGGUCGGGGGCAGUUUUCAGGACGUACUUACAAUCCUACAGCAAAAAACCUAAAUAUUGUGAACCGUGCACAGCCCAUUCCCUCAGUGCACGGGAGGACAGACUGGGUGGCCAAGUAUGGAGGCCAGCGGUAGGAGUCUGUGGUGUGAAACCCCACAGCAUUGCUCCGUAGAGUACGUGCAAGUUCCCUGACCCUGGGAAAUGUCUACAGAGUCUAUUUCUACUGAGUUCUGGAAGAAAUAUGCAAAAGUGGGUACUUGUAAGAGCAAAAAUCAUCCCCUAUUUUAUUUAUUUCCAAGAAAUGCAUUUUCUUAGAAUCAUUGCCCACAGUGUUGAUAUAUGGGUAGGAUGUUACAAAGUAUUGAAUAAACUAUUUGCCAAAGUAUGAAGUAUUUGAUCUACAAUUUAAUAAAUAGUAAAUCCAAUAAGAACCCUUAAAAAAAAAAACUUCCAGAAAAUGUUUAGCGUGUUUUAGUUUUCAUUUGUUGUAUGUGCCCAAAUGGUUUAGUAGUUCUUCACUUUGCUGUGAUUGGCUCAAGAGGUUUGUCUUUUGUUUUUGUAAAGCAGUUGGGCCAACCUCUGCUGGCUGUCAGCUGUGGUUCUUAUUUGGCUAAGGCUCUGCGCUGCCAUUUUGUCAGUGACAGAAAGAUUGCAAUUGUUUGUUUUUCUUCUUUGAAGCUAUGGGAGAGAUGGUAAGUUCAAUCUUGAGCAGGAUGUCUUUUUUUUUUUUUUUUGAGGCGA